AUGGUCAAAUGGCAACUGACCUAUACGUGCUCUCUCUGCGGAGAGAGAUGUGAGCGACGGUCGUGCAAGAAGUGUCACCAGGCGGUCUACUGCAGUUCAGAGUGUCAGAAGGCGCAUUGGCCGGAGCAUAAGAAGGUUUGCGCCACAUUACAAGAGGCCAGGUCGCCAGAGGAAACCGCUAUCUUGACACAGUCUAAACGGAUGAUGUUAUACGUCGAUUCCGUCUGGUACGAUGGCCGUCGUGCCAACCUUUGGCUAUACUUCCUCUACUUCGACCCGAUCAUCUCCGCCAUGCUUGGUCUCGAAGACCAGCCAUUCGAUAUGGAGAUUACGCCGAUUGUGGAGAUCAACUGGGAUGUGUUGCUUAAGGGUGAUGCUCAUGCGCUUCAGAUCACCGACAUCCGCGUCCGGUAUGCGGAGUUUAGAGAGCAUCCUCUGACAGACUCCCCGCCCUUGAAGACAAUGGCUGAGAAGGAGCUGGACAAGCUGCGAGAGGACGUCGCAAAGAUCAAUCGCGGACGUGAUGAGAGCGAGCGCGAGUCGGGCUGUGUUGUUCCCAUCGUGAACCUCUCGAGGAAGUUCGCCGGAUACCUUUCUGAGCUCACGCUCUCGGCCAUGACCUUCAAGACCGGAGACGUGAGGGAGCUGAAGGAGAUGAUACAUCGUCGGUUCCCCGGUGUGGAUCGCUGUCAUCUCGCUAGCCAUCUCAGCGCGGUCCUCAACGACCAACUUGCAAAUGACGAACGCUAUCGCUUUCCGACAUCCGAAUUACCCGAAUGCAGCCCUUCCGAGCAGAGACGCAUGCGGACCGGGCCCAUCGGUCCAACCGAAAACACUACGCCCGCCCGUACACUCACCUCGAGAGCGAUACUGAGCCCUCUACACUCACCGUGGACGAGGGCUCCUGUUGGGAAAUAG